AUGCGUCAGUCAGUCUAUGCUGAAUCAAUACUAAUACUACAACGAAUCUACACUUUGAUAUCAAUUAUUAUUGGUGGUGAAGAUGAUGCAAACAAAUGGAGAAGGCAAUGUGAGAUUGGAAAAAAUUGGCAUUUAAUGAUAGAUAGAUAUUUGAGUACUAAUUUGAGAAGAAUGGGUUUCAUCAUAUAUGAUGAUGAUAUUGACACGUCAAUCAUCCCAUUACUGCUAUUCAACCCUGCUAAAAUACCCGUCUUCUCAAGAGAAUGUCUAAAAUCAAACAUUGCUGUAGUUAUUGUUGCGCAUCCUGUCAUGCCAAUGAUCUCAUCUAGAGCUAGAUUUUUUGACGAUUCAGGUCUAAUAGAACCCGAAGCACCAAAAUCCAAAGUCAAGCCCAUUGCAACCGGAAAAUAUGCUAAAUAG